AUGAACCCCUCCACUCCCCCGCCGGGCGCACAACAGUCUUACCCGGACGGAAAAAUGCCUUGGAUGCCCGUCGCGUGGCUCUUGUCUCAAAUCUCUGCAUUACGACUGGGUACUAGCACCACCGGACUCUUUGCUGUCCACAUGUGCCAGCACAAGGCUCCAUGCCAUCCCCUGUGGCUUUCCAGGGCUGUCAACCAUAUCGAUCGAUCCUGGAAACCGGGUCUCCACUUAUCCUGGGGUCCCAUUCUGGAACGUCUGCAAGCUGCGACGCUCGGUUCUGAUAUCCGAGGCUGCAUGAGUGGUGUAAGCUGGACCGGUGACUUUGGCAUUGACAUUGAUUGA